GAGACUAUAUAAUUCGCGGUUCUUCUUGCGGAACUUCCCUCCCCCGCUCCCUCCCUUCCCCGCCUUACGCCAUGGCCGACCUCCUCGCAGCGUUGAGCCUUCUCCCUCCGGAUGUGAAUCGGUUCUCCUACGUAGCUGAAUACCUUAGGGAGUCGUUUAUUCUCAUUAAUCCCCUUUGGGUUCAUGUUUUACUUUACGUCUUUGCCGUAUCGUUCGCCAUCGCCUUGAUUCUGACAGUAGUGGCACUCUUGGCGAAGGUCAAGAGCGGUGAAUUCUAUCUGUACCGAUUCAACGGUGGCCUGGUGAUCCCCAAUGCUGUUGUACUGUAUUCCAUAUGGAUCGGUAUCUUUAUCGCCAUGAUGUUCGCCAAUCUCAUCUGGCAAAUAUGGUGUGACGACAAGCAGCAGCCCUCUACCAACCGCCUCGCACUCUUCGGCUGCAUGUGGUUCUGCUUCUGGGAGGCCGGGUUCAGCUACACGAUCUCAACUAUCAGCUAUACUCUGAAGGUGGGCACCUCCCUAGGAACCUCGGCCGACGCCGCUGCGCGCUGGGCAGAACGCAAAGCCCGGAGGGAUUGGAAGGUGUACCUGGUCUGGUUUGUCGACGUGAUCGCGUUCGUCCUGCCGCUCUCGCAUGUCAUUUCAACAUGGACGAUAUUCAUAAAGUCAAACACGAAGUUUGAUAACGCCUUCCAGAUCUCGUAUGACGUGCGCAAGACCCUCACGGCUAUGGCACCAUCGUAUAACCCGGAGACGUUCAACGUUAUGACGGAUCUCGCUCCCUCAUUGGCACCUCUCACAGAGAUGCAGGCGGAUUUAGAUGAAUGGAUCCGUCUGUCACGCUGGGGAUACGGUCUCCUCGCGUUCUACUGCUUCCUCUCUCUCGCCAUCUGGACGCCUUUCUUCAUCAUCCUCCGUGCCCAGCUGCUCCAGUCCAUGGGCACGACAACCAAGAGGCAGUUGUCCAAUGGAAUAAACUCGGCCUCAUCGGACGUGCACGUGGUACCUGAACGUGCCCGUCAGCGGUACCGCACGCUCCUGUGGACGACGGCCACGGUGUUCCUGAAAGAUGUCGCGUAUGGCGGUGUCGCACUUGCUGUCGGUGUGAAACCCGGCUACGUCCUCGAUCCGAAGUACAACAUCGUGUGCAUUGUCCUCGCAGCCGGUAUAUUCUCCAUCGUGGGCAACGCCAUCGCCGGCCUCGUUGCGUGGGGUGCGGUGCGACAGCUCAUGCACGAUCGCGCACCUGCGCACACCUCCUCUGUUGGUGGGAAGACGUCGUCCCUGCACUUCCGCAACCACUCCCGCGCGCAGGAGAUGGAGCUCACGAACGUUGUCAAGCUUAAUCUUGAGUCCCCUAUGAUCACUAUUGAGAAGGAGACGUACAGGGAGGAGAAGCCGGGGUUGGACUAUAAAUAUAUGUCGCGAUAACGGGCCGUAGAGUGGUUUCUUAUAUUCUUUAUUUUGGAAGGAGAGCAGGCCGGAUCAUAUACCAUUCUUUGCUGUUGUUACAACAUUUGUCUCUCGUUCAUUUGGCUUUAUUGCCGCACUGGAGGCGGUGGAGGGUGUCUCCGCAGAGCUGUACGACAUCCUCCCUUACUGGAUCAGAGUCACGGUCUCGCAUGGAACCCUAACCUAUCAUAGGAGGCUCACUUGUAAUUGGCCGUCGAUGAUGCCGUCUGCUUCGCAUGCAUAAGCACAACCUAAGAGUUCUCUCUUUCCGUAACUCUGUCUGGACAUGAUACAUCUUUGAAAUUUAGCAAUCUUACGCCGUAUGCAGUUGACCGACAUAGUGCUCAUGCUGUCGUGCCGCCACCCACCUGCC